AUAUAUGUAGCACACAUAAUACCUCAACUCAACUGGGUAUUCGGAAGUUGGCACGUCGCAUCUUCAGAGUUCCUGGUUGUCUUGUUUUGCAGGGGCCUUUGUUACUCUGACUGUCUGACCAUGUGUCUGUCUGGUGUUCGCAGCUCCUCUGGCCGCCGAUCGACAGCCACAUCCACAUCCACAUCCAGUGGAUGCAUUGCAGCAUGCGCGCAUGCGCCGAGCACUCCACAAUGCAACUGGCGAUCGCUGCGGCAAAGGGCCUCUGGCCUCAGGAUCUGUGGAUCGGAGGCUUGGAAGGCUAGCCACAUGGAACAGGGAACAUGGAUUAUGGAGAUGGAGCUGGAGCUGAAGCUGGUCAUAGCCGGGUUAAGCCCUGUUAAAUGCGGCGCGGCCACGCCCACCGUGGCGGGGAAGGUGUUAUAA